UGGAAGACGACGGGAUAUGGAGGAUCCGGCGGAGGGUGAUCGCUCUGUGGCGGAACAGCAGACGGAGCCUCCCGGCGGGGACGGCCCCGGGCUAUCAACCGGCCUGGUCAGCGACUCUGGCACUAACGGCAAGGCGGUUGUUUGUGAGCGGUGUGGCUCCCGUGUGCUGAGCCCGGGGACGGCGCGGUAUCGCCGCAGAGAGUUGUUCCUGCCAUCGAUGAGGCAGAAAGUGGCAUUGGGCACUAAGGACAGCGUGGUCACAGGAGACCUGCUUCUCGAGCACUGGUUCGUGGACGACAUGUUUGCCUUCGAGAAUGUCGGCUUCACCAAGGACACGAAUAAUAUCAAGUACCUCGUGUGCGCCGACUGUGAGAUUGGCCCUAUUGGCUGGCACUGUGUGGAUGACAAGAAGAGCUUCUAUGUUGCUCUAGACCGAGUGCACCAUGAGUAGAGGGCAAUGAGGGACCACAAAAUGAUGUGCUAACAGGAUCAGGUGGAUCCUUUGUGUUAAACCUGGACAGUGGACAGGGACUUCAAUCAUCUGUCUAGCAGCAGAUGCAUCAAGUGAUAUUCAAGAUUCAAGAUCACAAUUGUAAAGAAGAACAAAAUAAUUGUUACUCCAGAUCCCGUGCAGCACAAAAAACACAAUAAGAUAAAGAACACAGUAAUAAAAACAAUAAAUAUAAAUAGAUAAGAUAGCUUAUUUACAUUGAUUGUAUGUUCAUAAAGUUACGCUAGGCACAGGAGUAUUUGUGUUUAAGGUGACUGACAGGAAAUAAUAAAGUAGUGAUGAUUGGAGGGUGUGGUGGAGUGGAUCAGUGGGGGGAGGUGUUGAUCAGCCUAACUGCUUGGGGAAAAGUAACUUAUUUAUAGAACAUAGAAUAGUACAGCACAGUACUUCGGCUCACAAUGUUGUGCCGAUCCUUAAACCCUGCCUCCCAUAUAACCUCCCACCUUAAAUUCCUCCAUAUACCUGUCCAGUAGUCUCUUAAAUUUCACUAGUGGAUCUGGCUCCGGCAGUGCAUUCCAUGCACCAACCACACUCUGAGUGAAAAAACCUUCCUCCAAUAUCCCCUUUGAACUUUCCACCGCUUACCUUAAAGCCAUGUCCUCCUGUAUCGAGCAGUGGUGCCCUGGCACUGGCUGUCCACUCUAUCUAUUCCUCUUAAUAUCUUGUAUACCUCUAUCAUGUCUCCUCUCCAGAGAGUAAAGCCAUUGCUCCCUUAAUCUCUGAUCAUAAUGCAUACUCUCUGAACCAGGUAGCAUCCUGGUAAAUCUCUGUACCCUUUCCAAUGCUUCUACAUCCUUCCUAUAGUGAGGCGACCAGAACUGGACACAGUACUCCCUGUGUGGCCUCACCAGAGUUUCAUAGAGCUGCAUCAUUACCCCGUGACUCUUAAACUCUAUCCCUUGACUUAUGAAGGCUAACACCCGACAAGCUUUCUUAAUUACCCUAUGAGGCAACUUCCAGGGAUCUGUAGACAUGUACCCCCAGAUCCCUCUGCUCCUCCACACUACCAAGUAUCCUGCCAUUUACUUUGUACUCUGCCUUGGAGCUUGCCCUUCCAAAGUGUACCACCUCACACUUCUCUGGAUUGAACUCCAUCUGCCACUUCUGCAUCCUAUCAAUGUGUCUCUGCAAUCUUCGACAAUCCUCUACACCAUCCACAACACCACCGACCUUUGUGUCAUCUGCAAACCUGCCAACCCACCCUUCUACCCCCAUAUCCAGGCCGUUAAUAAAAAUCACGAAAAGUAGAGGUCCCAGAACCAAUCCUUGGACACCACUAGUCACAACCCUCCAAUCCAACUGUACUCCCACCACCACGACCCUCUGCUUUCUGCAAACAAGCCAAUUCUGGGAUCCACCUGGCCAAACUUCACUGGAUCCUAUGCCUUCAGACUUUUUGAAUAAGCAUAUAGUGUGGAACCUUGUCAAAUGCCUUACUAGAAUCCAUGUAGAUCACAUCCACUGCACUACCCUCAUCUAUAUGCCUGGUCACCUCCUCAAAGAACUCUAUCAGGCUUGUUAGACAUUAUCUGCCCUUCACAAAGCCAUGCUGACUGUCCCUGAUCAGACCAUGAUUCUCUAAAUGCUCAUAGAUCCUAUCUCUAAGAAUCUUUUCCAACAGCUUUCCCACCACAGAUGUAAGGCUCACUGAUCUAUAAUUACCCGGUCUAUCCCUACUACCUUUUUUGAACAAGGGGACAACAUUGGCUUCCCUCCAAUCCUCCGGUACCAUUCCCGUGGACAACGAGGACAUAAAGAUCCUAGCCAGAGGCUCAGCAAUCUCUUCCCUUGCCUCGUGGAGCAGCCUGGGGAAUAUUCUGUCAGGCCCUGGGGUCUUAUCCAUCCUAAUGUAUUUUAACAACUCCAACACCACCUCUCCCUUAAUAUCAACAUGUUCCAGAACAUCAACCUCACUCAUACUGUCCUCAGAGACAUCAAGCUCCCUCUCAUUGGUGAAUACCAAAGAGAAGUAUUCAUUGAGGACCUCGCUCACAUCCACAGCCUCUAGGCACAUCUUCCCACCUUUAUCUCUAAUCGGUCCUACCUUCACUCCUGUCAUCCUUUUGUUCUUCAUAUAAUUGAAGAAUGCCUUGGGGUUUUCCUUUACCCUACUCACCACGGCCUUCUCAUGCCCCCUUCUUGCUCUUCUCAGCCCCUUCUUAAGCUCCUUUCUUGCUACACUAUAUCCCUCAAUAGAUCCAUCUGAUCCUUGCUUCCUAAACCUCAUGUAUGCUGCCUUCUUCCACCUGACUAGAUUCUCCACCUCACUUGUCACCCAUGGUUCCUUCACCCUACCAUUCUUUAUUUUCCUCACCAGGACAAAUUUAUCCCUAACAUCCUGCAAGAGAUCCCUAAACAUCGACCACAUGUCCAUCUUUGAUUCUGUCCUUUUCCAUGAUAAUGUUAAAGGCCGGGGAGCAGUGGUCACUGUCCCCCAGAUGCUCACCCACUGAGAGAUCUGUGACCUGACCCAGUUCGUUACCUAAUACUAGAUCUAGUAUGGUGUUCCCCUUAGUCGGCCUGUCAACAUACUGUGACAGGAAUCCGUCCUGGACACACUUAACAAACUCUGCCCCAUCUAAACCAUUGGAACUAAUCAGGUUCCAAUCAAUAUGAGGGAAGUUAAAGUCACCCAUGAUAACAACCCAGUUAUUUUUGUACCUUUCCAAAAUCUGCCUCCCAAUCUGCUCAGUAUCUCCGCUGCUACCAGGGGGCCUAUAGAGUACUCCCAAUAGAGUAACUGCUCCCUUCCUGUUCCUGACUUCCACCCAUACUGACUCAAAAGAGGAUCCUGCUACAUUACCCACCCUUUCUGUAGCUGUAAUAGUAUCCCUGACCAGUAAUGCCACUCCCCCUCCCCUUUGGAGCACUGAAAUCGAGGAAUAUGGAGAAUCCAUUCCUGCCCUGGUGCCAGCCAAGUCUGUGUAAUGGCCACUACAUCAUAAUUCUAUGUAUGUAUCCAAGCUCUCAGUUCAUCACCUUUGUUCCUGAUGCUUCUUGCAUUGAAUUACAUGCACUUUAGCCCUUCUACCUUACUACCUUUACACCCUUUAUUCUGCUUCUCUUUCCUCAAAGCCUCUUUAUAUGUUAGAUUUGGCUUUCCUCCAUGCACUAUACUUGCAGUUCUGGCAUGACCUUUAUCCUCCUCCACCUCACUAUCUGCUCUAACACUCUGGUUCCCCUCCCCCUGCAAAUCUAGUUUAAACUCCCCAGAGCAGCACUAGCAAACCUUCCCGCAAGGAUGUUAGACCCCCUCCAGUUCAGAUGCAAACCGUCCCAUCAGAACAGGUCCCACCUUCCCUGGAACAAGGCCCAAUUGUCCAGGAACAUGAAGCCCUCCCUCCUGCACCAACUCCUUAGCCAUGUACUUAGCUGCAUUAUCUCCCUACUUCUAGCCUCACUGGCACAUGGCACUCAUCUGAAGAUUGCAACCCUGGGUCCUGUCCUUCAACUUUGCACCUAACUCCCUAAAUUCUCUUUGCAGGACCUCCUCCUCCUUCCUAUGAGUCUGGUGGUCCUGUCAUGGAUGCUAUGUAGCCUCGUCCUUGAUGGCAGUGGGACAAGCAGUCCAUGAGCAGAGUGGGUGGGAUCCUUCAUGAUGUUACUGGCCCUUUUCCAACACCUUUCUGUCUAUAUGUCCAUGGUCCUAGGAGCUGCUCUUCGACUGGCAUUCUGCAGCGAUGAGGUGGUGGCUUGGCCAGUGUUUGUAGGUCAUUUUUUAAAAAAUCAUAUGACACCUUGUUCUUUUGUAUUUGAUCAUCAGCGUUUCUACCACAGGUUUGUCAUGGAAAGAGUCAGCACCAGUUGGAAUGGCACGGUCGCAUAUUGGAUAGAUAGCACAAUUGCUUUGUAGCACCAGCCACCUGGGUUCAAUGCACCCAUGGUGCAUGGGUUUCCUCCCGGGUUCAAUUCCCGUCGCUGUCUGUAAACAGUCUGUACAUUCUCCCCACGGUGCAUGGGUUUCCUCCCGCAUGCCAAAGGCCUACAGGUUAAUGUUAGUAAGUUGUAGGCGUGCUCUACUGGCGACACUGGCAGGCUGCCCCCAGCUCAAUGCUCACUGAUUUAAUUUGACAUAAACAAUGCAUUUCACCGUAUGUUUCAAUGUACAUGUGACAAAUAAAGCUAAUCCUUUAAAUCUUUAAUAUGUGGUCUUGUCCUAGGCAGGACAUUAGCAUAUCAUUUCAUAGCACCGGCUUAAAUUCAAAUUUGAUUCUCCCCUCUGUAUGUAAGGAGUUUGUAUUUUCUCUCCCUUUGGGUUUUCUCUGAAUGCUCCAGUUUCCUCCCACGUUCCAUAUUAUAGGGUGCAUGUCAGGGGUAAUCUUUUUGCAUACAGAGUGGUGGGUGCAUGGUGCCAGGGGUGGUACAGGGAGAUACAUUGGGGAGAUUUAAGAAAACACUUGGGCACAUGGAGCAUAGAAAAAUGGAAGAUUAUGUGGGAGGGGAAGGUAAGUUUGAUCUUGGAGUAGGUUACAAAGUCAGCACAACAUCAUGGGCCUGUACUGUUCUAUGUUUCUGUGUUAGGGUUAGUGACUUGUGGCCAUACCAUGUUGGCACCAGAAAUGUGGCGAUGCUUGCCGGCUGCCUGGCACAAUUGUCUGAUUUGAUACAAAAUGACAUAUUCCACUGUUUUGAUGUAUGCUUGACAAAUAAAUUUUAAACUUUAAAACCAAUGCUGACGGUUGCGACGGUGUACCAGGAGAUAUAUGCUGUGGCAUAUGUAUCCCUUGUGUGUAGAAGUUUUGUACUAUUGUAGGAUAAAGUAAUUGCUGGAAGCAUGUGUAAUUGACAACCACCGACAUUGAGUUGGGUUCACUGUGAGAGGCUGAUCUGAUGUAAUGACAUAAUUAUGUGAAGUUCUGUUACCCCGCUGUGUGUUCAUUUUAUGGAUACAAUAAAUGAGUUGUUUUC